CGGACCACCUGAGGCUUGAUCCGUCCAUUUGAGGGACCCAUGAAGUUGGAGCGGUCCACUGGAGGCCAAAUCCGUCCAUGUGAAGGAUCUAUAAAGAUGGAGCGGUCCACUAGAGGCCAAAUCCGUCCAUGUGAAGGACCUAUGAAGAUGGAGCGGUCCACUGGAGGCCAAAUCCGUCCAUGUGAAGGACCUAUGAAGAUGGAGCGGUCCACUGGAGGCCAAAUCCGUCCAUGUGAAGGACCUAUGAAGAUGGAGCGGUCCACUGGAGGCCAAAUCUGUCCAUGUGAAGGCAAUCGCGGCCGCUGCCAUUCGCGGCUCGCCGGAAGAGUGGGAGCUCGUCAGAGGGCCGCUGCUGCUGUCCGUGGCUCACCGGAGGAAGUGGGAGCUCGCUUCUUCCGGGCCAAGUUUCACCGGAGUGGACAAUUACUAGUGCUCGCCAUCCGCCGAGAAGAUCCCGCUGUUCUUCGUGGUUUGCCGGAGGAAGGAGGAGAGGCUCGUUGGACGUGGUUGUGGACCAACGGAAAGAGUGGCUCGCCGGAGAGGUUUGUCGGGGAUGACCGGACCGACGGAGAGGACCGCCAGAGGAAGUGGGAGCUCGUCGGAGUGCCGCCGCUGCUGUCCGUGGCUCGCCUGAAUAAGUGGGAGCUUGUCGGAUGGCCACUGCCGCUGUCCGUGUCUUGCCGGAAGAAGUGGAGCUCGCCAGAGGCCCGCCGUUGCCGUCCGUCGAGAAGGUGGCUCUGCCGAGGGCUGGUGGCUGCUCUCCAUGGUCGCCCAAGGCCAGGCGGAGCUCCCCGCUUCUCGCCGGAAGUGAGCCGCACUGGAAGGCUCGCCGAAAAGGACCCGCCGUUGUCCAAUGUCUCAAAAUGGCUUCUCCAGAUCUGGGCGGUCAAUCAACAUGAUGCAGAAGAGUAGGGAGUUUGUUUUUUCUCUUCUGCCCUUUUCCCUUCAACCUCUCUCUCUCCCUCUUUUUUGUUGUCUUUUUUUUUUUUACUUUCUCAACCCACUUUUUUUUCUCCAUUACGGACUCGGAGCACAAAAGCUUUUUGUGACGGGUCCCACGGAUGGCGCCAGUGAUGGAAACCGCUUUUUCAGGACGUCGACCCGAUGAACUCGGUACCGGGUCGGCACCGCACCGAAUAGCAAAAUUCGGAAAAUAAAUAAAUAAAUAAAGCGUGGAGAAAGUA